AUGUCUGCUUUAGAUAAUAUGAACAUUCAGCUCUAUAAUUGUUCACUAGUAAAUAGUUUUGGGUGGGAUGUGAAUGGAACUGGUGAUUUUAAUGGGCUUGUUGGUCGAUUACAAAGGAAAGAGAUUGAUUUUGGUAUGAGUGGUCUUUUAAUGCGAACCGAUCGUAUACCAGCAUGCGAUUAUACUGGUGAAACAAUCCAAGUAAGGUCUCCAUUGAUAUUUCGUAAACCAUCUUUGUCCAGUAUCAGUAAUAUAUUUGUAUUGCCGUUUGAUUUUAAUGUGUGGAUCAGUAGUUUAGUUUUAUGUUUGUUUAUAACUGUAAUGAUUUGUUUCCAAUUAUGGAUACAAAAUAGAAUUAAAUCAUUACAACAUAAUGAGAAUCGAUAUACAGAUAUUUUAACAUUUAUAUUUGGUGCGAUGUGUCAACAAGGAUCAUCUUUAAAUCCAAACACACCAUCAUUGCGUAUCACAGUAUUUUUGGUAUUUAUGGCUGCCAUAUUUCUAUUCACAUCAUAUUCAGCGAAUAUAGUUGCUUUGUUACAAACUCCUAGUAAUUCGAUAAAAACAUUAAAUGAUUUAAUUGACAGUCCAAUUGUGGUUGGGGCUCAUAACAGUACAUACAAUAUUGUAUUUUUAACAGAAAGUCAAUCCGAAACAGUGAAACGAUUAUUUGAAAAGAAAAUAGCACCACGUGGAGAUAAAGGAUUCUUAAAGUCAGAUGAAGGAUUGGAUUUAGUACGUGGUGGGAUGUAUGCAUUUCAAAUAGAUGCAGGCUAUGCAUAUAAUUAUAUAAGUGGAACGUUUACAGAACAAGAAAAGUGUGGUCUAGAUGAGAUUGAAGCAAUUCAAUUACCAUUACAAACCAUUCCUGUACAAAAACAUUUUCCAUAUCGUGAUUUAUUUACACAAAGAUUACGAUGGCAACGUGAAUGUGGUUUAAUUGAUCGUAUACGUAAAAGUUUAGUACCACAAAAACCAAAAUGUGAAUCAUCGCAUGUUGGAUUCGUUUCAGUUGGCUUAAUUGAAUUUAAACCAGCAUUACCUCGCUGCAAAAGUAUAAUUAGCAUAUCCGGUAGGAUAUUUAUUGCCUUUGCAAUUAUUGCUUACAAUCAACGUCCAUUGAAAUUACCGAGACGUGUAAAUUCAACUGAUCGAGAAUUUUUGGGACGAAUUCAACGCGACAAAUAA